GUCCGCGCGCUUCCUCAGCUCCAGUCACCUCGCGCCAGUGUCCACCGCUUCCCCCGCAGCCACGUCGGGAGUGUAACACGGGAUUAACGUCAACCGAAGGCUGUGUCCGCGGACUCCUUAAAGACACGGGAAAGAUAAGUUUUGUCCCCACUUUGGACGGAAGCGACACACGGCGAUCGAGGGGGAUAAAAAUGCGUCUCAUCCAGAACAUGACGACGAUUGCGGAGUAUCCGGCACCCGAAUACUCGGUCCCGAACCGGGUCAUCAAAAUGGCAGUGAUAGGAGGCAGCGGAGUUGGGAAAACGGCGCUCGUGGUGCGAUUCCUGACGAGGCGCUUCAUCGGAGACUACGAGAGAAACGCCGGCAAUCUCUACUCUAGAGAAGUCCAGGUGGACGGAGAGCAAGUGACCAUCCAGGUCCAGGACACCCCUGGUGCGGAGAUGACCGAUAAUGGCGUCGGUCUACCUGACCACGUGAGCUGCUCCAUCCAGUGGGCCGAUGCUGUGGUGCUGGUGUACUCGGUGACAGACCGGCGCAGCUUCGACCUGAUCGAAAAGUUGCACCAACUGGUCGCUCGUGCCGGCGGUGCCAAUGUGCCGCCGGUAAUCCUUCUGGCCAACAAGGCGGACCUGCUGCACCUGAGGCGGGUUGACUCCCAGCAGGGCCCUCUGCUGGCGGGAACGCUGGGCUGCUCUUUCUACGAAGUGUCUGCCAGCGAGGACUACAGCCAGGUGCACGGGGCUUUCCACAGGCUGUGCUGCCAGCUAGCCAAGCAGCCGCCCCCUGCCCCCAACUCCUCGAACACCUCUGCAGGCGCUGCCACGGAGAAGAGGCGCUCGCCCCUCAUCCCCAGGCCGAAAUCUCCCAAUAUGCAAGAUCUGAAGAGGCGUUUCAAGCAAGCACUGUCUGCAAAAGUCAGGACUGUAACUUCGGUGUGAGGGUUGGAAAUCGAAAGUGGUCCAGAGCGAGCACAAAAAGAAAGAAAGCAUUGAAGGUCGAAGAGAAAAGAGAGCAGAGAAGAUUCGCACUUCUCCACUGAAGUCCUGUUCCAGUCUGGCUGAAGAAGGCAGUUGUGAGAUGAACAGCGGUGGGCUCUCGAUAGUGGGAGGCAGAUGAAUCUCUACGGAGGUAAUGACCUCUAAGUGAGCAGGUGUCUGUCCUGACAGAUACCACGAGAGAGGAGACGCAGUGAGGAGGUUCAUCGCCUGUUCAGGAGUCGAAAAGACAAGGGAGGACACAGAAGCAUCUGUGUGAGGCUGACUGAGCCCCGGACUCUCUCCAUGGAAAAUCAAAAACUGUAAAUCAAGCUCCCCUGGCAACAGCAGCUGUGAGGGACUCUACUGCUUAUUUUUAGCUGUGCGGCCCACUGUGGCAGCUCUGUGUUUAGACGGCCACUACAUGGCACUGCUAAUUGCUGGUAUUAUCAAACCAGCCACUUGAGCCAGGGCUAUGUGCAGCUGUGUGUGUGCGCGUGUGUGUGUGUGUGUGUGUGUGUGCUCAGCCUCUUGUAUGUCAAUAUCUGCAGUAUUUUUUUAUUUUUAUUUUUUAUUUUUUUGGAGUAUCCAGAAGCAUUAUUGUGCAUAACAUAGUGAUGCGUAGAGGUGGGAG